UUUAAGUCAUACAUGUGAGUUGGGAAAUCCUUAAAUUCAGGACUCAAAAUGAUUUUACAAUAAACAAAGCAAUCCUUAUUUUCUGCUACUGUUUGAUUGUCUCUCCUCUUGAGUUUCGACACCAAAUGGAGUUAGAAUUUGAAACCUCAAAUGUUUCUUCCCCUGUUUACGUGACUGCUCCGACUAGUCCAAAUGGAAGCAGCAGCAUGGAAUUCUAUUAUAGUGCCCCUGUUAGUCCGAGGCGAAAAAUAUGGAUUCCUUCCAAGAAAAAUGAUGAUCAAAAUUCCGAUUUUGAUGAUUUCGAGUUUGAAAUUAGCAAGAAUUUCAGUGGAUAUUUGGAGUUCGAAGCGAGAAAGAAAUUUGAAGCAUCGGGACAUAAUCAAGAUGAUCUGAUUAAGGAAAGAUAUCACGAGCGCGGGGAUUCUCUUCCUUCUAUGGCAUUUGCUGAUGAACUUUUCUUGAAUGGCCUUGUUAAGCCACUAAAACUCCCACCCCGGCUGCAAUAUGAUAGCGACGCGCAUAGUGUUAGCCAAAGAUCGUUUGCUUCGACGCCUAGGUCGCCAAGAACAAUGUUCAGAAUCCCGUUCGCAAGACAAAAUGCAUGGGAUUAUGAUUUUGAUCCUUUCACGGUGGCUUUGAAGAAGGUGAGGGAGGAAAAGAGAGGAAAUGAUCAAAGGCGAUCAAGGUCGCAUUCACUAUUCAUGACUCCUAAAUCUGAAUGCUUGAGUCCAAGGGAUCGAGAUAAAGAAGGUAGUCCAAUGACCUCAUCAAUGCAAGUUUCGACACCAAGCUAUUACUUGCCAAAGGAGUCCAAGGGCUCGGCCUAUGCUAGAUGGGUUCAAAACCAGACCAAAGAAGAGGAACGAAGCCCGAAAUGGCUCAAGAGCCCGAGGGGUUUGUUUUUCGGGGGAAGAGUAAGACCGGCUCAAACGGAACGGGAAGGGUCCUACAAGCUCAUUUCAACCACAGGUGCGCAUGGAGAAAAUGUUGUGAAAAAUAAGGUACACAAAGUAAAAGGACUUUUGCUGAGGUUUGCAUCAUUUGGGAGAGGAAAAAGUAAAUCAUCAACACCGAAGAAAUUCAGGCGAUCGAGCUUUAGAGUCGAGGGAAAUGGUAGUCGGCCUUGUUGUGUCGAGAAUGAAACAAUUUCUGGUGAUGCAAAAAUGGCAAUAGCAGAAUACGAGACGCCAAUGAAACCAACAAUUGCACUUUGUAUGGGAUAUGGAACUCAGAGUCCUAGGAGCAUGAACUGAAGCCAGUCAUCGUUAAUCCUUAGUUUGGGUUAUGGAAACUAAGUAUAAAAAUGUUUUCAUCAAAAUAUAGAUCAUGGUUUUCACUUUAGUGCACUAAAAAUUUACGUUUGAACAUCCUGCAUUGUGAUGCAAGAAAAAUUUUUUUGUUUCAAUUUCAAGAUUAUUAUACU